AUUCCUGUUCUUCUCUCCUCAAAAUCUUGCUGCAGAUGCUAAGACGAAAACAUUAUGUGUAGUCAUGGAUUCUACCUGAUAGGAACUAGUAGUCAUGGAUUCUAAGCUAACCUCAACAAAUAUCUGUCUUAGACUGAUCAUUAUGUGUAUGUCGCUGGUACAUUAUUGUUAAUUAGUUAUGAUAUGGACAUUUGUAAGGUAACCUCAACAAUAGAGUUUGCUAAAAUAUUUUACUGUAAAAAACUCUGAAUAUCCAAUCUUCCUUUACAUUCUAAUAGUAUCAGACUAGUGUAAUUUUGGAUUGAAUAUUUUUAGAAUCAACAUGUUUGGAAGCUUAAUAUCUUUUAAUGCUCAUAUCGAUGGGUAUUGAAGUAGUAUAUUUGACCACUUUGGGGUCAAAUUAAGGCAAAUAUGCAUGCAAUACAUAUUGCUCACAUAAUGUUCAGUGACUUCUGACCUACAUGACAACAUCCAAAGCUAUUCUGCCUAGUUCUACUCACAACGUCUAUUGCUACUGGCUAAACAGGCAACGUUAGGGGCGGAUCUAUUGAAAACCUUGGCAAAGAUGGCUCCUAUAAAACAAGAAGAGCUGAAACACAAUACAAAAACUGGAAUUGGUGUGGUUCCAAAACAGGAACUACAGGAGCUCCACACGCUAAAGCUCAUCCUGCACCCACAAGCGUUGUCAUAGCCCGUCGCGACGUAGGGUGUGUCUGUGCCGACGCCGUUGUAGUGCAGAUGCACCUGUUGGCCACUGCUCAUCCCGUGAAAAGCCACCGUGGAUCUGAGCCUACUCAUACUCCUGCAGACCAGAGCGAAAAGCCACCGUGGAUCUAGUCUCGGUCAGGAAGGCGAAGGCGUGAGUGGAUCUGAGCCUACUCCUACUCCUGCAGAUGCUAUGUUUACUAGUAGAGGUGGAGGAGAGAGGCUUCGCCGUCGCUGACCUGUGCUACAUCUUCACCGGCGGUGUGGGAGAAAAGGUAGAAAUGGUUCUGGUGAAGAGAAAAAAGGGGCCGACGUGGGAGCGAUGAAGGAACAAAAGGGGCCAUCGUGAGAGCAAUAAGAGGCACAUGGAGAAGAGGUGGCAGUGGAUUCACCUGAGUUGAUGCACAACGACGGCGGGUUGGAGGAGUAGCGGGAGGCGGUCGAUUUUGCAAGAGAGGAACAAACGGGAGCGCUUGUGUUCGAUCAAUUUCGGCGAGCGGACUCGUUCCCAGUUUUGGUGCUACAAUGGAACGAAGAGAUUCCAGGAGCCGCUCCACUCUCCCUCCGUAGGUAACCAAACAACUACAAAAUAGGAAUGAAAUGGCUCCAUUCUCGUUCGCUCGCCAACCAAACACACAAUUACUCGACCUGGACGCAUACAUUUGGGAAACCAAACACACGGUAUACAAACGAAUUAAAUGACAGCCUAUAAGGAUCCUUACCGUGAGUUGUUGACUCUAUUACUGUAUUAAUUUUGCUCUUAGUAGCAACAACUAGAGAUGACAACGCGUACAAACCUGUUGGGUUUUGCCAUCUCAAACUCUACCCAUGAAAAAUAUAUAUACCCAUUAAAAAACUCGUACCCAUGACGGGUUUGAAAAUUUGCCCAAACCAGUACCCAUCGGGUUAGCGGGUACCCAUGGGUUUUAUCUCCAAUAUACUUGUUCUUCUCAUAAUCAAUAAGUAUCGUGAUGAUUAAUGAGAUCAUGGUCCAAAAUUUAUGUGAUGAACAAUGAGUUCAUGAUUUGGUAUAAAAAUUAUUAGUAGAGAGAAUGCAAUACAAAUAAUAAGUUGUAUAAUCAAGUGACCUUGCACUAAGUUAUCAUCCACCACAUAUAUGACGCUAAUAAAAACUAUAACAGCAAGUAAUACUCUCACCAACUAUUUAUACAUUUACAAUUUCCAAAAAAUUAGGAAGUAAAUGGGGAGAUAACAAGUUGUUGUUUGCUUAUAAAAUAAAAUGACAAUAUGCACUAGAUUUUAUCGGGUUUAAAAAACUCACGGUUUCACAGGUUUAGGUGCGGUAGGAACAAACUCGUACUCAUGAACCCAUUAAUUAUAGAUUUAUACCUAUUAACAAACUCAUAUUUAUAAAAAUUGACCUAAGCUAGUAUCUUAAUGGAUAAAAACUCAUCGAAUUUCGGGUACGUGUUGUCAUAUCUAGCAACAACAUCAAAGACAGUCCCUUUGCUCUCAAGUCUCAUGUGGUCAUUAAAAAAAGGAGAGGAGAUUUUUACCUUUCGUCUCCGUUUCUAUCCCAACCCCAACAAAGAUCUUCCGAGAUCCUGAUCCUAGGACGACGGUUCACUGGCUGAGGAGUCAGGACCCCAAGUAUCCGCAUUAUCCCCAUAUCCCCUCUCAUUUUCCUCCGCCAUCGCCGCGGUUAGACUGAGCGACUGAGGUGGGCUAGCGUCUAGCGACCAAGCCAUUCCGGAUUCGGGAAUUCCCAGUUGAGCUCAUCGCGGCGACUCGCCCUCUCGAGUUUCUUGCAAAAAGUUACGGCCGCUGCUCCGCUCGCCAUUGCUGCCGUGUGGAGCGGCCAUGGAGCUCUGCUGCUCAGGCGUCCUAAGCGGCGCCGGCGCCUCGCGACCGGCGCCAUCGAGGACCUCAAGGCCCGUGAAAAUGGGGGCUCCGUCCACUGGGCUCUUGGUAGCCCCGCCGAAGCGGCGGCGAGGCGGCCGCGCCGGCUGCCGCCAGUCGGCCCCGCCAGUGCCGCCCCGGGACGAACGGCGGGUCGUGGGCACGGACAGCGUCGUCCACAUGCUCCGGUCGGCGCCCGACCCCGCCGAGGCCCUGGAACUCUUCACGGCCGCGGCGCGGCAGCCCACGAAGGUCCACACAACGGAGUCGUGCAACUACAUGCUGGAGCUGAUGCGCGCCCACGGUCGUGUCGGGGACAUGGCGCAGGUGUUCGACCUAAUGCAGAAACAGGUCGUCAAGACCAACGUCGGCACCUUCGCCACCAUCUUCGGCGGCGUCGGCGUCGAGGGGGGGCUCCGCAGCGCGCCGGUCGCCCUGCCUGUGAUGAGGGAGGCGGGGAUGUCCCUCAACGCCUACACGUACAAUGGCUUGAUUUACUUCCUCGUUAAGUCCGGCUUCGAUGCGGAGGCCAUGGAGGUUUACAAGGCGAUGGUUGAGGACGGCAUCUCGCCGAGUGUGAGGACCUACUCCGUGCUGAUGGUGGCGUUUGGGAAGAAGAGGGAUGUCGACACUGUUCUCUGGUUGCUGAACGAGAUGGAGGCCCGCGGCGUCAAGCCAAACGUGUAUAGCUACACCAUCUGCAUUCGGGUUCUUGGGCAGGCCGCAAGGUUUGAUGAAGCAUAUCACAUUCUUGGAAAGAUGGAGGAUUCAGGGUGCAAACCAGAUGUCGUCACACAUACUGUGAUUAUACAGGUUCUCUGUGAUGCUGGCCGUCUGAGCGACGCCAAGGCUGUCUUUUGGAAGAUGAAAGCGAGUGAUCAGAAACCUGAUCGUGUCACUUACAUCACUCUCUUAGACAAGUGUGGUGACAGUGGUGACUCACAAUCAGUUGUCGAAGUUUGGAAUGCCAUGGUAGCUGAUGGUUAUAAUGACAAUAUUGUUUCUUACACUGCAGUUGUGGAUGCAUUAUGCCAAGUUGGCCGGGUUGAUGAAGCUUUAGCUGUGUUUGAUGAGAUGAAGGAAAAGGGUAUGUCGCCUGAGCAGUAUUCCUAUAACUCCUUAAUAUCUGGGUUUCUGAAAGCUGAUAUGUUUGACCGUGCUCUGGAGCUCUUCAACCAUAUGAAUGCUUGUGGUCCUAGUCCAAAUGGCUACACUCAUGUCCUCUUCAUCAACUACUACGGAAAAUCUGGUCAAUCUUUGAAAGCAAUACAAAGAUAUGAGCACAUGAAGAGCAAAGGGAUUGUUCCUGAUGUUGCUGCUGCUAAUGCUGUUCUGUAUAGUCUUGCUGGAUCUGGCAGACUUGGAAUGGCAAAAAGGGUCUUUUAUGAACUAAAAGCGAUGGGAGUCUCUCCAGACACUAUCACGUACACAAUGAUGAUCAAAUGUUGCAGUAAGGCAUCAAAAGCUGAUGAAGCUAUGAAUUUUUUUUCUGACAUGGUGGAAAGUGGAUGUGUUCCUGAUGUUCUUGCAUUGAAUUCAUUGAUUGAUACACUCUACAAGGGAGGCAAGGGAAACGAAGCAUGGCAACUUUUCCAUAAAUUGAAAGAAAUGAAAAUUGAGCCCACUAAUGGUACGUACAACACACUUUUGUCAGGAUUAGGAAGAGAAGGCAAAGUUAAGGAGGUAAUGCAGCUGCUCGAAGAAAUGACACGUACCAUUUAUCCACCUAAUUUAAUUACAUACAACACAGUUCUAGAUUGCCUCAGCAAAAAUGGGGAGGUGAACUGUGCAAUAGAUAUGCUUUACAGUAUGACUGAGAAAGGUUGCGCACCUGACCUUUCAUCUUAUAACACUGUCAUGUAUGGCCUUAUUAAAGAGGAAAGACUUGAAGAGGCAUUCAGGAUGUUUUGUCAAAUGAAAAAGAUUCUUGCUCCAGAUUAUGCCACACUGUGUACUAUCCUCCCAAGUUUUGUUAAAAAUGGGUUGAUGAAGGAAGCUCUGCAUACUGUAAAGGAAUAUAUUUUGAAGGCUGGUUGUAACGUGGACAAGUCUUCAUUCCAUUCACUGAUGGAAGGGAUACUGAAGAAGGCUGGUGUGGAAAAAUCAAUCGAGUUUGCUGAAAACAUAGCAUCUAGGGGAAUUCUGCUGAAUGAUUUCUUUUUAUGCCCAUUGAUUAGACACCUCUGCAAGCACAAGAAAGCUCUUGAAGCGCAUCAACUAUUCAAUAAGUUUAAAGGUCUUGGAGUUUCACUAAAAACUGGUUCUUAUAAUUCUCUUAUCCGUGGCCUUGUGGAUGAAAACCUGAUUGAUAUCGCUGAAGACUUGUUCACUGAAAUGAAAAGACUAGGAUGUGGCCCAGAUGAAUUCACUUACAAUUUGAUUCUUGAUGCCAUGGGAAAAUCGAUGCGGGUUGAGGAAAUGUUAAAAGUCCAAAAGGAGAUGCAUCGUAAGGGAUAUGAAUCAACAUAUGUUACUUAUAACACUAUCAUUUCGGGUCUCGUAAAAUCUAAAAGAUUGGAACAGGCUAUAGACCUGUACUACAAUCUGAUGAGUGAAGGCUUCUCCCCAACACCAUGUACAUAUGGUCCUCUUCUUGAUGGCUUAUUAAAAUCUGGAAAGAUGGUGGAUGCUGAAAAUCUUUUUAAUGAGAUGCUAGAGUAUGGAUGCGAACCUAAUUGCACCAUCUACAAUAUUCUACUGAAUGGACACCGAAUAGCUGGCAACACAGAAAACGUUUGUCAGCUUUUUGAAAAGAUGGUUGAGCAGGGAAUAAACCCAGAUAUAAAAUCCUAUACAAUUCUUAUUGAUACCCUGUGCACAGCUGGAAGAUUAAAUGAUGGUUUGUGUUAUUUUAGACAGCUACAUGAAUUAGGACUUGAGCCUGAUCUUAUCGUUUAUAAUUUGCUCAUUGAUGGUCUUGGAAAAUCUGAAAGAAUAGAGGAAGCAGUCAGUCUCUUCAACGAGAUGAAGAAGAAAGGAAUUAUCCCAAACUUAUACACAUACAAUUCACUAAUUCUCCACUUAGGGAAAGCAGGGAAAGCUGCUGAAGCUGCGCAAAUGUAUGAAGAACUACUGAGAAAAGGAUGGAAACCUAGUGUUUUCACAUAUAAUGCACUCAUCAGGGGUUACAGUGUUUCUGGCAGUACCGAUAAUGCAUACGCUGCCUAUGGUCAGAUGAUUGUUGGAGGGUGCCAGCCUAAUUCUAGCACUUAUAUGCAACUUCCAAAUCAAUUGUGACUGAGAAAUUAGCUAUAGUAUGUAGUUAUUUCUGUACAGUUUUGUCCAUAGUGCGAAAAUGGUCAACUGUAGAUAGUAGCCAAUACUUUUAACAUAUCCGAGGAUCGAUAGAUCUUGUUCUACAUUCCAUUGUUACUAGCAGAAAAUUAUGUAAUAUACAGAUAAUGUUACCAUGUGCUCCAUUUCACUGGCAUGUUGAAAGCAGUGACCUACUGAAUUCACCUGUCUGUCAUGAAAUAGAUUGAGGUUUUACCAUAA